UGUGUAAAAUGUGUUAACUGACUGACUUUAUAUGCUAGGUGAUAAGGUGACUGCAUUUACAGGAGAAAGAACUUAACAUUUUCUUCUUAAAUAUGUUGAGAAUUAGAUGACAAAUUAGCAUGUUUUAUUUAGAUUUUUCUGAAUCAUUUGGAUAUUAUUUGGAUAUUUUAGGGUCUAUUUUCUAUUCUACAAUCUUUCGCUUAGUCAUGUCCUGUGUUGUCUUUGACUACCUUUGGAUUUCCUGCUGACAAAACUCUAAAACCAGCUAGACCAGUUGAACUAUGAGAACGUGCCCAGGACAUUUCUGGGAAAGAUUAAUAGCUGUCAAUUAAUUAACAGUGGCCAAGUUUGAAACAUAGAAUGUUGACAACGAUGAAAUCUAGACAAAUAUCUUACAGGCAAUAGUGACAGAAUCUACAUAAUUUUGUUUCUGCUCAUACCAGUCAUCCCCAUGGAAUCAUUGAUCUAACCUUUCAUCUCUCACCACCUGCCCUCGUUCUAUAUAUAUUGCAUUCCAUUUGCCCCUAUAUAAUCAUUGUUGAUCCUGAAUUAAAUUGUUGACAGUGGCAUCAGCCUGUAGUCUACAUCUAUUGACCAUCAGUCAUCAACUGCAUUAGAAUCGGCUCUGUGUACCCUGGUCACCAGAUGCAGCUGGACAGUAUCAGACUACCAUUAUAAUCUUAUAUUUCCUUCAAGAUUUGCAAAUUUUAAAACAAUGUUCUAUAUAAGCACUUGUCUCAGGACUGGGAAGGUUGCUUAAGAUUCAGCAUAUGCUGAGCUAUGCCAGGCCCAGGCCCUGAACUUGAGUUCUAUAAUGGCGAGCAUUCAGAUUGGCUAUGGUGUUGGGUACGGUUUCAGUGGUUUCAGUGGACCCGGAGGAUUGGCAUUGUGAUCCCAGCAAGGGCUCCUGAGAAGAGCUGAGCUAAAUCUCAGGCACCACUCUGAUAGUCUCUGAGCACCUCUGGCUUGCACUGAACCAUGCUCGGUUGGGGGUGGCCUCUUAAAAGUUCAGGUCAGCAUAAAAACUGAGCAAAAUAUUUCUGCAUGGCAAAGCCUGGCAAGCUACUCAUGGCAUAUUCGAUAUGCCAAAAACAGUAAUAAGUCUCACAAUGGAGACAUUACUGGUCCCCGCUCUAGCAAAUCAAUGAACAAAGGUAAGACAGUGCUACAGUGCAGUGCUUUUGACUUAUUUACAUUUAUAAUAUCGCAAUGAUUUCUGACAUUGAUUAUUUUGAUACUUUUUUCUUUCAAAAUUCACUGAAGUAACAUUUGUAGAUCUAGGUUUCACAUAUAGUAUUAUAAUUUGACAUCUAAUAUGCUGCUUGAUUUUAGCCAGCCAAAGGCUAAUUUCCUCUUAACAUCUUUCAAUCUUAAAAAUUGCAUAAACCAGGGAGCCACAUACAGAUUGUACUCAAAGAAUAUUUUUUGAAUAUAUUAUCAAUGGGCUGGAGCAAUAGCAAUAAACGGGUAGGAUGUUUGCCUUGCACAAGAUUGACCUGGGUUCAAUUCCUCCACCUCUCUCAGAGAGCCCAGCAAGCUACCAAGAGUAUCCCAGCCACAUGGCAAAAGUCUGGCAAGCUACCCAUGACGAAUUCGAUAUGCCUUCUAAACUCAGGUCGGCCAUGUCGGCCGCAUGCAAGACAAACGCCCUACCCGCUGUGCUAUCACUAUGCACAUUAACAUUUAGUAUAAUAUACAUCUAUACUAGAAUGAAUUAAAUUAUAAUUACACAAAGAACAUAGAAAAUCAAGCUAUAUAGAGAUUCUGUAAAAUGACAAUAUUCUUCAAAAAUUGAUACAGAAAAGCAAAGACAAAUUUUUUGAAAGGUGAAAAAAUUAGUUUAAGGAAAUUACAUGAAUGCUUAUCAAGAUAUAUUGGCAAAUUAUAUAAAUGCAGAAAAAUAUUGAAAGUGAAUUUAUACAGAGAAAAUUUAAGAAAUUACAGAGUUAAACUAUUUUGCAAAUGGUUAUAUGUAAAUCACUAGAAGCACUUAGCGUAUAUUUAUCAUGCAAAUCCAGUAUCUGUCUGUGAAACAACUAGCCGUUAACAGACCAAUAUCACCGAGGUAAGGACAUUCUUCUUUCAUGUCAGGUCUGCAAUAAAAAGAUUAAACACCUGUAAGAGACUUAUGACUUGUCCAAUGGCAGCUUUUCAAAAAGACAUGUUUUUUGUCUUGCUUCUUGAACAACUGUGUUUUGUUAUAAUACUUUUUUCUUAGGGUCUUUAUUGACUACACACUUCCUCUCUUUCUCUUUCCUCACAUCCUUCUAAACAAGUUUAAUUCAAUAAAAACUAUCAUACAGAGAGAGAAAGAGAGAGAGAGACAGAGACAGAGAUAGACAGAGAAAGACAGAGAGAGUCAGAGUCAGAGCGAGACAGAGAAAAGAAAAUGAUUCAAAAUUAGACCAUACAGAGUUCUCUUUCAAGAAUUUGUUGAACUGAUCUCAAAUUAGUCCCCUAUAUUCACUGGGAAGACAAAUUCAUAUAAAGCAAUGAUUUGUUUUGUUAUUUUUUGUUUGUUUAGGGGCCAUGUUGGAUGGUGGUCAGAAUUUACUCCUGGCUCUGUGCUCCAGGAUCACUACUGGUAGAACACAGGAGCCUCACCACCUGUGAUUUUGGAGAUCAAAUCUGAGUCUGCUAUGUGCAAGGAACACGAGAGCCUCAAACCAAUCGUUCAGGAUCUUGAUGAAGAAGUCUGACCAUCUGUGAUUUCAUUCCCAUCGUUUGGAUCACCUUUCAUCAUGCUAUGAAUCACCAUUCAUCAUGGUAUGAAUCACCAUUCAUCAUGGUAUGAAUCACCAUUCAUCAUGGAUGACCAUUUGGAUCACCAUUCAUCAUGGAGUUAAUAUAGCCAACAAAAUGGAAAAUGAAGAUGGUUAUAUGACAUUGGCACGCAGGAUUCAUUUCAAAUCUGAGCAGACAUCUAAAGAUUUCUCCUGGUGGCUGCGGUGUUAUGGUCUUGUGCUCUUAUUCGGAUGUCUUGGGAUCCUUUUCUUCAUGAUGGUGAUUGUUGGCCUACAUUUUCGAAGUUUAUCAAAUUUUUCCUUUGCAACAACUAAGGAUAAAAAUAUGAAUUUACACCAGACUAUGAAUAUCAGUAGUCUAAGAGAAAAAACAUUGGCAUGCCCAAAUGAAUGGUUAUUGAGUCAAGGGAAAUGUUACAGGUUUUCAACUUCUCCAAAAACCUGGAAGAAGAGUCAACACGAUUGUUUAAAUCUUCAGUCACAUUUGCUGGUGAUUCAAACGAGGAAGGAGCUGGAAUUCAUACAGAAGAAUUUGAAACCUGGACAUCCUGGUUGGAUUGGACUGCAUGUUAGUGAGGUCCAAGGAAACCAAUGGAUGUGGGUAGAUGAGCAACCUUUGGUGGAGCAAAACAGCUUUCCAAUAGUUGGACCAAGGGAAAACAUGAACUGUGCCGUCGUAACAGGAAGCAGUAUAUAUUUUGAAGACUGUAACUCCAAGUUCUUUGGCAUUUGCCAGAGAAAAGCUGUUUAAACAUCAAAAACAAAUGUGUUCAUUUAAAGUAUGAAUGUCAAGAGUUCUUAUCUUUCUUUAGAUUGUAAAUAUUUUCCUUUUUACUACAAAUAAAAAUGCUUAGCAUUGCA